AUGCGGCGCCUUCGCCUGGGCUUGCGGACAAACACAGAGCCGCCGCAGCCUCCCACUCGUCCCCACCCGCCUGCUGCUCCUCCUGCUGCUCCUGCUGCUCCUCCUGCUGCUCCACCUGCUGCUGCUCCUCCUGCUGCUCCACCUGCUGCUGCUCCUCCUGCUGCUCCUCCUGCUGCUCCUCCUGCUGCUCUUCGGCCAAUGGCUCCUGCGGUUGCCGGUCCUCCCGGCUCUGCUGCUCCGCAGUUCUCCCCGCUGCUGCUAAUGCGUCAG